UUACGGUGUGCAUGGAAAGCGUGCUAAGGCUUUAUGUUCUCUUCACCCAUUCGCCACUCAACUAACAAAUUAUAUGUAAAGAUGUGUAUGGGGAAAAGGCAAAAUCGUAAUCAAGAUACGCGGGAGACUUAGUAUUUUCUGCUAUAAGCAGAUAUUCUCUCAUUAUAGCGAGAAGACUGCUGUCUAGCUGCUUAAUUUUCCGUUUAAUCUUGUUUCUCAUAUUAAUAAAUUUUCAAAAUGUCCGUGGUUAUCGAGACGACGAUUGGCGACAUAACCGUGGAUUUGUUCACGGAAGAGAGACCCAGAACAUGCCUGAACUUCCUUAAGCUGUGUAAGAUGAAAUACUACAACUUACAUUUGAUCUACAGUGUGGAACGAAAUUUUAUAGCACAGACAGGAGACCCAUCAGCAAGUGGACAUGGAGGUUCUUCUGUAUUCCAAAAGAUGUACGGUGAUCAGGCACGGUUUUAUGAAGGAGAAAAGUUGCCCAUCAUGAAACACUCAGGACUAGGCACUGUAUCCAUGGUUUCAUGUGGGAGUCAUCUAUUUGGCUCCCAGUUUUUCAUCACCUUGGGAGAAAACCUGGAUUCCUUGGAUGCUGAACACCUUGUAUUUGGCCAAGUUGUUGAAGGGCUUGAGGUCUUGAAUAAGUUAAACCAGUCUCUCACGGAUGAUAAGAAUAGGCCCUAUCAGGACAUACGCAUAUCUCACACUGUUGUGUUGGAAGAUCCUUAUCCUGAUCCAGACAGUCUUGAAUUUCCAGAGGAAUCUCCCAGACUUUCUCAGGAUGUCUUUGAGUCUGACUAUAUUGCAGCAGAUGAAGCCAUUGAUGAUAAUGAAGGGAAGUCAAUGGAAGAAAUUCAAGAAGAAAUUGCUCAGAGGGAGGCAAAAGCUCGGUCAACCAUUUUAGAGAUGGUUGGUGACUUGCCGGACUCAGACAUGGCUCCACCAGAGAAUGUGCUUUUUGUGUGCAAACUAAACCCUGUAACAACAUCGGAAGACUUAGAGAUUAUCUUCAGUAGGUUUGGAAAAAUCAAUUCAUGUGUAAUACGUGACAGAGUGACAGAAAAUUCCUUGCAGUAUGCUUUUAUAGAAUUUGCUGAGACUAAGUCUUGUGAAGAUGCCUACUUCAAAAUGGACAACGUCCUCAUUGACGACCGCAGAAUCCAUGUUGACUUCAGCCAGUCCGUCUCCAAAAUCAAGUGGAUGGGCAAGGGGAAAGGUGUACAGAUUUUUGACAAUAAUGGCAAGAAAAUGGAUGGUGCAAGGGGACAGGCUUUCAACCCAAAUACAGAUCUCAGGCAUGAGGGUAAAGACAGAUUCAGGAACCCUGGUAGAGGGAGACUACACUAUGACAGUUUUCGAGGCAGGGGAGGAAGGCAGACUGACCGGCACGACCGGGGUUGGGAGAGAGACCAACGGCUGCAUCAGAGGCAUGAAAGGUGGGAGAAGAAUGGCAACAACGAGAACUUUAAUCGGGACAGAGAAGCUGGAAGGAAAUUCUACCAGAGGGAGCAACACGAUAGGGGAAUAGAAAGGGAAGAAGCAAGGCUCUCUAACACUAAGAGGAGUCACAGCAGCAAUGAAGAAGUGAGUGAUGAUGGGCCCUCGAGGGAGAAGAUGCUGAAGCACCUCAAGAAGUCUCUGAAGAAGAAGAAGAAGAACAGGAAGCAUAGCAGCAGCAGUGAAAGCAAUAGUGCAGGUGAGGAGAAGAAGAAAAAGAAAAAAAAAAAGAAGAAGAAACACAAGCAUAAUUCAAGUGAAGAUUCAGAUUCAGAUUCUGAGCCAAGAAAAAAGAGUAAGAAAAGCAAGAAGAAAAAGAAGAAGAAAAAGGAGUCAUCACCCUCAAGUGACUCAAAUUAAUUUUUCUUUCCUUUGCCUUUUUUCAUCACAUCAUAAUGUCAAAUUUAAUUUCAAAUAUAUUUUGAAGAUUUUUUUUCAAA